AAUUAUCAACCCACCCACCUGAAUCGGGUUAUACUCGGUUCGGCCUAUCCAUCCGAAUCGGGUUAGGCUCGAACCGGCCCGGCCCGGCCCAUUUUAUGAUGACACCAACCGCCUCGCCGUCGUGAUGUCUCUAGCGGCGGAGAACAGGCCACGCAUACGCAUCUUUUCGUUUGAGUUUUCGCCAUAGUUGUUCUCUUCCUCCUCCUCCUCUUGUUUUCACAUUGCGAUUCGUUAACCGAAGAGGAAGAUGAGUACGGCGGAACCGGAGCUUGAGGAGCUCUUCCAGGAGAAGAAGCGUGUGAGGAAUCCCCUUGUCCCUGUUGGGGCCCUAUUGACUGCAGGAGUGCUCACAGCAGGGUUGAUUAGUUUCAGAAGAGGCAAUUCUCAGUUGGGUCAGGUUCUAAUGAGAGCUCGGGUGGUCGUACAGGGUGCUACCGUGGCACUAAUGGUUGGAACCGCCUGUUACUAUGGAGAUAAUCCAUGGAAGAAACGAGUUUUGUCUGAAGUUCAUCAAACAGACGGCGUUUCACCCCUAUCUUCAACCUCUCCUCACCCAAAGGAUUUAUCGUCUUGCACGAUAAGCCCCAUUAUUUUCUUAGUGAUAUCUGUUCUUGCUCUCGUCGUCGUCGUCCUUAGCAUCCUCCGCCUACUCUUCAAACUUCUCCUAAAGCCCCCAACUUUUUCUCAAAUUCACAAUUCUAACCCCAACCCAGAUCUUCCUUCCUCCUCCUCCCCUCACGCCCACCAAGGUCAACUUCAGCAACUCUUCCUUCUACACGACUCUGGUCUAGAUCAGACCUCCAUUGACGCACUCCCUGUGUUCUUUUACACCGACAUUAUCAUGGGUCUGAAAGAACCCUUUGACUGCGCCGUCUGUCUCUGCGAGUUCUCGGACAUGGACAAGCUCAGGUUGCUCCCUGCUUGCAGCCACGCCUUCCAUGUCCACUGCAUCGACACGUGGCUGCUCUCCAACUCCACUUGUCCUCUAUGCAGGGGAUCCAUUUCGAACCCAAACUCUAACUUCAAAACUACAUUCUUCAGCUUCAACGACGCAGUGAUUGUCCCUUCGUCUCGACGUGUUGAAGAUGGCAAAGCGCCUACGUCGAGCAGAGUCUUCUCAGUUCGGCUGGGGAGAUGCGAAAGCACAAACAAAGGACAGCUCGGUCAAAGUCAAGGUCAAAGUCAAGAGACAAGUGGGUUGGGACCAAGAAGGUGUUACUCGAUGGGCACACAUCAGUAUCAUGUGUGCCACCAAGAUUUUGUGGUGGCACUGUCUCCGAGCCAUGGCAAAAUCUGUAAUAACAGAUCUGGUUGCGAGGGCAAAUCCGGGAAACUCGGAUCUUCCAUUGACGGGAAGAAAGACAGCUUAUCGGUGUCAAAGGUUUGGCUUUGGUCGGAGAAGAACAAGGGACUGUUACAUGAUGGGUCUGGUUCUCCAAUAUCUGCUCGCGCAUAAUCUUAUCGUUAAAUUUUUUUUGACCUGGGGAUGACGACACACCAAUGGCUAUUGGCAGAUCAUUUACUAAUCUAUAUAUAUGUGUGUGUGUGUGUAUGU